UCUGUCAUGUAUUCUCUGAUACUCCAUGGAAGAAGGUUGGUCGAGUUGCAGAAAUGUCGUAGCUUGAGAUUAUUUUCAGUGAACCUUUUGCAAAAUGCGUCUGCUUUUUCCAAUUCCUUCGCAUCUGCUUUUGCUACUGAUGUGGGCUCUCAACAAACUCGAAAAGGGCAGAACUUUACGGUCUCUUAUCUCGUUGAUUCAUUGGGUUUAACUGCAAAACUCGCUAAAUCGAUCUCAAGGAAAGUCAGUUUCGAGGACAGUGAAAAUCCAGAUUCUGUUCUGAGUCUUUUCAGAAGUUAUGGGUUCGCUGACUCUCAGAUCUCCAACAUCAUUACGGGUUAUCCACUAUUGCUUAUAGCAGAUGCUGAGACAUCUAUUGGUCCAAAGCUUCAGUCUUUGCAGUCUAGAGGAGCUUCAACCUCUGAGCUCACCGAGAUUCUUUCAAAAGUUCCAAAAAUCUUGGGAAAGGACAGAUCUUUUAGCGUGUACUAUGAUUUCGUCAAAGAGAUUGUAGAAGCAGAUAAGAGCUCCAAGUAUGUAAAGUUGUGUCAUUCUUUGCCACAGGGUAGUAAGCAGGAGAAUAAACUCCGAAAUGUAUCGGCUUUGAGAGAAUUAGGCAUGCCUCAGAAGCUGUUGUUCUCUAUGCUCGUCUCAAAAUGCCCACAUAUUUGUGGAAAAGAGAGAUUCGAGGAAUCCCUCAAGAAAGUGGUUGAGAUGGGUUUUGAUCCCACCACUCCAAAGUUUCUCGAAGCUCUGCGUAUUGUUCAGGCAUUGAAGGAAGAGACAAUAGAAGAGAAAGUCAAUGUAUAUAAAAGUUUAGGCUUUGCUGUGGAAGAUGUAUGGGCGAUAUUCAAGAAGUUUCCGAUUUUUCUGACAUUCUCGGAGAAGAAGAUAACUCAGACUUUCGAAACCAUGAAGAGGUGUGGGCUACUAGAAGACGAGGUCCGCUUAGUGGUAAAGAAGUUCCCGCAAUGCAUCGGUAUUUCAGAGCAGAACAUAUUGAACUCCAUUGAAGCAUUUCUUGGCCUAGGUUUCACCAGAGAUGAUAUUGCGAUGAUGGUCAAACGCAAUCCUGGUUGCAUUGGAUAUUCUGUGGAGACAGUUAAGAAGAAGACUGAGUUUGUGGUGAAGAAGAUGAAAUGGCCACUAAAGGCCGUGGCUUCGUACCCAAGUGUGCUUGGAUACAGCAUGGAGAAGAGGAUUGUGCCAAGGUGUAACGUAAUCAAAGCUCUCAUGUCCAAAAGAUUGAUCGGAAGAGAACUCCCUUCAAUGUCUUCUGUUUUGGUAUGUACAGAUCAGACGUUUUUAAACAGGUAUGUGAGGAAGCAUAAUGACAAGCGGCUGGUGCCUGAGUUAAUGGCUAUCUUCAAUGGGAAACGAGAAUAAACAGAUAAAACUUGUAAACGAAGUGUAGAGGGUUUAACAGUAGUGUCUUGCCUGAGUUGAUGACUGAAAUUAAGCUUAUGUUUUGCU